AAUGCAGUAAAGCUCCGCAUAACAACUGCUGCUGGCUGCGAACGAGUCCAAGUUUCAUGUGUCUCUCUAAAGAAUAAAGUUCCGAACCCAAGAGACUGAAAAAGUUCUGAAAAUCGAGGUGCGUAGCCCACGCCCUAAAGAGUCGUCAACCUGGCUGGGAGCAGCUGCCUCACGAUUGACCGCCAGCACCACCUAAAGACUGAAACGCCGUCCAGCCAGCGAGGCAAGGGGAAGAUGGCCAGCACCGGCGACAUCUGGCUGCAGUGGUUCUCCUGCUGCUUCCAGCAGCAGCGCUCCCCGUCCCGCCGCCCACACCAACGCCUGCGCAUCGACCGGUCCAUGAUCGGCAACCCGACCAACUUCGUCCACACCGGCCACAUCGGGUCGGCGGACGUGGAGCUGUCGGCCAACCGCCUCAACGCGAUCUCAACCCAGAUGCAGAGCAAGGGCGGCUACGAGACCAACUCGAUACACUCGCUGCAUGCCUGCUGAUGGAAGCCCCCAAUCACCUCGCUGUGUCCCCGCUAUAAAAUGCAUUUCGUGCAAUUUUUUUACUAAGGAGGAGAGGGGCAGCAUGAAAACUUUUUACAAUUCUUUGCUUUGGCGUGUUAUCAGACGAAGAUGGAAAAAAUGGGAGGGAGGGUGAAAGGUGCACAGGGCUGGAAAUCAUAGGGGGAAGACUAAAAAAUCACAUUUGAAUUAGGUUCCAGAUAAAACACCAGAGGACCACCCGACAACGGAUUCCAUUCCGGCUUAGAUUCGUAGGCUGAUCAGCUUUUUGUGAGUAUUAGCUAAAUGAAAAAUCGCAAAAAGUGUGCCAGGCGUCUAGGUAACGAACGGUACUUUAUACAGAGUCAGUUGAAACGUAACGUAACAUUUUUUGGAAGUACUUAAUGCCAAAAUAUCCAGAGGGAACUAACUGUUCAGUUCCUAUCCAUAAUAAUUUACAUUUCCAAGCCCACUUUAGACCACGUAUGCUUUGUAUGUGCUCUUACGAAAACUGCCUUAUAAUCAGUUGCACAACCAACAAAAAAUAGUCUGACAUAUAAUAUUUGGCUGAAAUGGUGCAACUAGCGAAUCUUAUUUUACAAAACGCUGAUUUAGCAUUUACACAAAGUUAUUAACUGUAUACUAAAAACUGUCGCACAAUCAUAUUCAACACACAAAGUUAUCACUUUAAGAACAAUAUUGAUAUUUUCCCAUUCGAAUAUUUGUGAACCUCUAAGUAGGAUUAGAUCCCACGCCGACUGGAAUUUAUGGUUUUCGGCAAGCGACAAUUCGAUGAGGAUUGACGAGUACCUUUUUAGAACCUCACAUCAAGAAGCAGAAAUAUAUAUUUGUAAAAUCAAAUGCCGUUGUAGAUAACAGAGAAUAAAGUUUAAACAUGCGUUGGGUUUUAAGCAUAUAGACUAAUUGUAUAAACAAAUAUUUAAGCAAUAAUUUAUGGAAAUUAUAUAUUAAAGAGCAACAACCCAAAAAA